CAACCCUGGUCUCGUUAAGCCCGUCUUUUUCUUUGGCUUUCGAGUCAUCGCCAACAUCAGAGAAGGUUUUUCCGGUUUUCAGGUUUUCGCACCAUUGUCUCUAAGGUGCCCAACAAAUUGAGAGUGUUUCCCAGCAUCAUGGCGGGGAACAAUCUUCAAGUGCUGGAUGCCUUGGACGUUGCCAAAACUCAAUGGUACCAUUUCACAGCAAUCGUUAUAGCAGGAAUGGGCUUCUUCACCGACGCCUAUGAUCUCUUCUGCAUUUCCACCGUAACAAAGCUCCUGGGCAGGAUCUAUUACUUCGAUCCAAACAGCACCAAGCCCGGAUCUCUGCCUCCAAAUGUCUCUGCUGCAGUCAAUGGAGUUGCCUUGUGUGGCACUCUGGCCGGGCAACUCUUCUUCGGCUGGCUCGGAGACAAAAUGGGGCGAAAGAAAGUCUACGGCAUGACGCUUAUGAUCAUGGUGCUUUGCUCAAUCGGAUGUGGUCUCUCCUUCGGCAGCACGGCCAAAUCAGUCAUGACUACGCUCUGUUUCUUCAGAUUCUGGCUCGGUUUCGGUAUCGGUGGGGACUAUCCUUUGUCAGCCGUCAUCAUGUCCGAGUACGCAAACAAGAAAACCAGAGGCGCAUUUAUUGCGGCGGUCUUUGCCAUGCAAGGCUUCGGAAUCCUUGCUGGCGGCGCCGUCGCCAUUAUGGUCUCUGCAAGUUUCAAGAGCGUGUACAAUCGUCCCAGCUUUGAAGUCGACCCAGCUGGAUCGACUGCUCCUCAGGCUGACUGUGUAUGGCGGAUGAUCCUCAUGCUCGGAGCUGCCCCAGCGGGAUUGACAUACUACUGGCGUUUAAAGAUGCCCGAAACCGCCCGCUACACUGCCCUGGUUGCCCGAAAUGCAAAGCAAGCCGCCGCCGACAUGUCCAAGGUGAUGCAGCAAGAGAUUGAGGAAGAUCAAGGACAGGUUGAAGAGAUUGUAAAUCGAGAACCCAGUUAUGGAUUAUUCUCCUCGCAGUUCCUCAAACGCCAUGGUCUCCAUCUUCUGGGCACUACUUCCACCUGGUUUCUCCUUGACAUCGCCUUCUACAGCCAGAACUUGUUCCAAAAGGACAUCUUUACUGCUGUGGGAUGGCUGCCCGCCGGCAAAAAGAUGAACGCCAUUGAAGAAGUAUACAAGAUCGCAAGAGCUCAGUCGAUCAUUGCCUUAUGUUCUACCGUUCCGGGCUACUGGUUCACAGUCGUUUUAAUCGACCACAUUGGUCGAUUCACAAUUCAGCUGAUAGGAUUCUUCUUCAUGACGGCCUUCAUGUUCGCUCUCGCCAUUCCUUACGACCAUUGGCGAGGGACCAAAUGUGGUGCUGAUUUCUGCGGCGGAAAUCCUACCGCCUUCGUUGUUCUGUAUUCUUUCACCUUCUUCUUCGCUAAUUUUGGGCCAAACAGCACCACUUUUAUCGUUCCAGCGGAGCUUUUUCCGGCCAGGUUCCGUUCAACCUGUCAUGGAAUUUCGGCGGCUUCGGGCAAGGCGGGUGCCAUUAUUGGAGCCUUCGCUUUUCUUUACGCAGCGCAGAGCACUCGGGCAGCUGAAGUGGAACCUGGGUAUACAAAGGGCAUCGGGGUGAAGAAUUCUUUGAUAGUUUUGGGGGUAAUAAAUGCAUUAGGGUUUCUUUUCACGUUUCUGGUGCCUGAAACAAAUGGCAAAUCUUUGGAAGAGCUCUCCGGUGAGAAUGCACAAGAAGAAUCAACCCACCUUGAAACGUCCAGAACAGUUGAACAUGUCUGAUCGCCAUACAAUCUAUUUUGCUUGCACUGUUGUCCAGUUCAUCCAGGCUAGAUUUCAGUUUUUUCCCUACUCGUAUUGAAGCUAUUUUGUUUUGAUUAUAAGAGGUUAUUGAAACAAUUCUAUCUUCUGCCCCUUUGUGUUAAAG